UGGCCGGAUCGGGUCAGGCCGGACCCGAUGGCGGCGGUCCCGGAGUGCCUGCGGGCGGUGGGGCUGCAGUUCUGGGCGCGCUCGCUGCGGGUGCUGCCCGCCCUGCUGGCCCCAGCCGUGCUGCUGGGGCUGCUGCUGGGGGCCGCCGCCGCCGCCCUGCUCUGCCGCUGCGCGCUUCUGGGGCCGCGCCGGCGGAGAGAGGAAAAUGAUUCCCAGAGACUUCUGGAAAGUUUCAACUGCGACGAAAAAGAGCAUCCACUCCGAAAAAGUAAAGCAGAACCCUAUACAUCGAAAGAGGAGAUGGUGUUGGAGGAAAAUGAGUCUCCUCUGAACAGCAAUGUUACAGCAUUUGCAUUGAAGGCAAAAGUCAUCUAUCCUAUCAAUCAGAAAUUUAGGCCUUUGGCAGAUGGCUCAUCCAAUCCAUCUUUGCAUGAGAAUCCAAAGCAGGCAGUUCUGCCUAAUCAGGUAACAGAGGCAUCUACGUCAGGCAGCCUGGAAUCCCUUAGCCAGGGAGACAAGGAGGACUGUAGUUCCUCCACAACAAUACAUUCCACAACAAGUGAUGACAGAUUUCAGGAUCGAGCCUUCUUCAAGGUAACCUGUUUCCCUGAAGUGCUCACGUGUGAGAGUUUUGAUGUUAAGCUCUGCCUUUGCAGUCUUCUUUUAAAAGAUCUCAUGCUUCUUGAUACUGAGCUUAGAAAGGAAGAACAUGUGAUAUUCAUUCAGAUUCUCAAAAUAUACCUCACAGACUUCAAUCAUAAGAAGAAGAUUACUGAUGAUUUGUUCAAGAAGAUUUUUUUAAUUCUGAAAAAUGAUUUUGAAGAAUUACAGAAGCAACUUGAUUCUAGACUCCAGAAUGCUGAGAUGUCGGGAGCCCAUAAUUCAGAGUACCAGACUGUAGAAGACUUGGAAAGGAAAGAAAGGGAAUAUUCUGAGCACAUAAUAGAUAAUAUGGAAGCUUUCUGGAAGCAGACUGACAAAGCCCAGCAGGUUUUUUUGGACCAAUCAAAAUGCUCAAGUGUCGAAGCAGCAAAGAUAACGAUGGAUCUGACUGAGAGGAUGAUUGCAGUAGAAGGCUUAUUAAAUGAAUCUCAGGAUUUGCAGGCAAUGGACAUUCAGGAAAGGUUAUUUAACUGGGAGCUUAUGGUGAAAAUGAUUGAUUCACUGAAGUCCUGUAUACCAGAAGAGUGCAGGUGUAGACUGAAUAUUCUAUCAAAUAUUCUGGACCAUUUAACUGUAAAGAAUAAACUCUCAGUUCGACAAAAAGAAGAACUUUUAACAGACCUUCACAAGGCCUUCUGGGAGCAAUUGGCACAUUUCACUAAUGAAUGCAUCCAGCAAAGUAAAGACCUCAUCCUGAAACGACUGGAGUGCCAUGCAAAGAAGAGAGAAGACUUAAAACACAGACAGAAAGCUGAACAAGGGAAUCUCCUCAGUGAAGUUUUUCAUAUUGGAGAUUUAAAUGAUUUUCUUAAGGCUUACCAUAAUCUGUUAGAGAAGCAUUGGCAGGCACAAUGGCAGCUGGAGGAGGAAGAUGACUGUGAAAGUGCAGAGGCUGUUGUCGAGCUCUACAAGGAGCUGUAUUCUAAAGCUUCCCAUGCUUUGGCAGAGUUGGUGAAUGAGCUGUUUCUUCAAACAUUGCCUGUUGUGACCGGCCUCUCUGUGAGAGAAUGUGAACUUCUGAAAGAGGACUGGCAGGAGAAUGUGGUCCCUCAGCUGGAGAAGUGGGACAGCCACCGCCAGAAACGCUGGAAGCUUUUCCAGGAACAGCUACUGCAAGAAAAAAAGCUGUGGAUAAAUGAAUAUGCUCUCUCUUCUGUGAUGCAAAAGCACCUGUGUGAGAAACAAGAGAAGAUAAUGCAAGGCGUCAUGAGCAGACUAGGCUGCCUCAGUGAUGAGUCUGUUAACUACAUAUUGCAAAAACAGCGGCUCCUGCUGUGUUCAGUGCGGAGAAGGUUAGCUCUUCGAAGCAUCGGAAUGGCAGCUUUGACACGAAUGAGGAUGUCCAGAAAGAAGAGCUUGCUCCAGGAGCUGAGAGAGCAACAUAUCCUGCAGAAGGGCUCCUCAACUUGUCAAGAUGAAGAUCAGUGGCAGCUACAGAAGGCAGUGGAGUCCCACAUUCUGGAAGAGGAAGAGAAGCUUGAGGAAGAAACGCAGCAAACCCAUUUAGAAUUUCACCAGCAAUUAGUAACAGAAAUCCAAGAAGCUCUUCAGUUUCUUCAGCAACACAUGGAGCAAGUGAUUGGGCAGACAUUGCUGCAGCAAGCCAGACAGGAAGCUGCAAAAGAGAAUUCAGAUGAUGUACAGGAGUUCAAGGAGAGACUGGUAGAAGCUGCUGUGGAAAGUGUGUAUGGGACCAGCAAUAAUAUCAGUAGACUGGUAGAAAACUACUAUCAGCAAGUAGGAAAAAUCACAGAAGGCUAUGAAGGGAAAAAACUUCAGCAACUGAAAUCCUUUCAAGCAGAAAGAAGUGAAAGGUACAGACUUAGAAAGAAAGAAGAGAAUGAACAAGCACUGAAAGAAAAACAGACCAAAGGCAUCUUGAAUGUGUCAUCCACAAUCCACCAAAGGAUGGUGCUGCAGCAAAAGAAGGUUCUGACUCAGUUUGAACUGCACCAACAAAUUCGUUUGGAGUCUCUGAAACAGAAGCUGCUGGGAUUGCAUCACCUAGAAACUGAGGUGGAGAAUCAGCUGAAGGAAGCAGAGUGGGACUUCAUUACUGAGUUGGCUGCACUGGCUCGAGUUCCAGUCACUGUGAAGAUGCAGCUGUCCAAAAGGAGCAAGCCAGCAGGGGAAAAAACAAACUCUAAAAGAGCAACUUUAAAGUCUCCAGAAUCAGAAGACAAAGAUGAUUCUUGUGAAAAUAUUCAAGAGCCCCUCAGACUGAAUUCCAGCCUGUGCAGAGAGAGGUUAGAGAGGCCACGUGAAGGGGAGACCGAACCAAGGAAAAACACAAAGAUGCUAAAAAAAAGAGGCAACAGGUAGUCCAAGUAUUUAUAUGAGCUGUCUGAACACAGAGUACCAAAGCAUUCUUCUAGGAGAUCUCAGCAGCUAUAAAUACUUACUGAGCUGGUUUACUGAGGAACAAUGAAGAACAUCAAUAAUAACCGAGAAAUCUUCUUUCGCUACAGACUGAGAAUCAAUCCCAACAUUCUCACUUAGCCUGGGCAAGGGGAAACAAAGAAUUCUUUAAGCUCCUCCAGACGCUGUGGGAAACACGAAGGGGAGAUUUAAAUUAGGAAUAUACCUGAGGAAAAUGCAGAACCGAUCCACCCUAGACUGCUGAGGUCAGGACACCGCAGUAAGGUGUCAUUGUAAUGUUGAUGUACCAGUUACUUUUGAGCCUGAAAUAUGCUGGAUUUGGUCAUUUGAGCCUGAAAUAUGCUGGCUUUGGUCUCAGUAUUUGUGAUCACUGCUUUGGACUAACAGAAAUAGAUAGAAAUUUCAAGACUACAUAAAGACAACUCACGUGCUGUUGGCAAACUGAAAGAUUAAAUUUGUCUUUCCCUUGCUAUACUUUAAUGCUUCCCAGGUAAGGUGUGCUUUUUAAAAUUUGUAGAAAGAUUUUUGUAAAUCUAUUUCCCUUUGUUUAUCUCAGAUUUCAGAUUAUUAUUUUUUUAGAAAGACCGAGACAAAGCUGGUGUACUGUUUCAUUUUUUUAUAUUUCACUUUCUAUUCUAAUUCCUUAAGUAAACUCUUCUGCUUUCAGUGUACUUUGUUAUUCUCAUUACACUCCGAAUGGGAAUUUUUCUUGUUAUGCAAAGCAGCUGUUUCUCACUGGCUGCACAGAGCACCUGUAUCUUGUAAUAAAUUGCCCUACUUAAGCAGUCUUACA